UGCGCCCGUCCGCGUCAAAAGAAACCGACAAGCAGAUUUUUUACAGGGACAAAUACCAAAUCCCCUUCCGCCUCGCUAAUAACGGCGCCACCGGUAUAGUUGCUGGCCCGUCCCCUCGGGAGCGCCGCGCAGAAACCCUAGCCAGCCGGCCGGCGAGCCGAUGUACCCGGCGGGGGCCAUGGUGGCGGCCGCGGCGGCGCCGGCGCGCCAGGCGGCGUCGCGGGUCGACAAGGCCACCAGCCACCUGCUCAUGGGCCCCGACUGGGCCGUCAACCUCGAAAUCUGCGACAUCAUCAACGCCGACGUCUGGCAAACAAAAGAUGUGGUAAAGGCAGUGAAGAAGCGAUUGCAACAUAAGGACCCGAAAGUUCAGUACUAUGCUCUGACGUUGUUGGAGACGAUGAUGAAGAAUUGCGGUGAAUAUGUUCAGUUUGAAGUUGCUGAACAGCAUGUUCUGCAAGAAAUGGUUAAAAUAAUCCAAAAGAAGAAUGAUAUGCAAGUAAGGGAUAAGAUAUUAUUACUUUUGGACUCCUGGCAAGAAGCAUUUGGUGGACCUGGAGGUAAAUACCGGCAAUAUCACUUGGCAUAUCUUGAAGUAAAGCGGACUGGUAUAGUGUUUCCAAGACGUCCCAUAGAUGCCCCACCGAUACUUACUCCUCCUGUAACACACAAUUCUCAAAAUUAUGGUUCGCCUGGAUAUGCUGCAGGAAGUUUGAAUGAGAGAAUGUCCUCUGAUGUCGAUACUCUGAGUUUAGGGGACUUGAAUAAUAUUCGAAAUGUGACGGAGUUACUGAAUGAUAUGGUGUAUGCUUUGAACCCGUCAGAUCCAAAGGCUGUCGAAGAUGAGAUCAUCACAGAUCUCGUGAGCCAAUGUCGUUCAAAUCAACAAAAGCUCAUGCAGUUUGUCAGUUCGACAGGGAACGAGCAGUUGCUAAAGCAAGGCCUUGAAAUAAAUGAUCGUCUACAAAAUGUGCUUUCAAAAUAUGAUGCCAUCGAUUCCGGUACUCAUUUGGCAGUUGAAGCUCCGGUGCGAGAGACAGUUGAGUCUCCUAGUGAGGAACCACCAGCAAAACCAUCUUCAUCUCAUAUUGAACAAAAUGAUGUAUCUAAUGAAGAGGAGGAUGAGUUCGCUCGGCUGGCUCAAAGAAAAAACAAAUCUGUGAUAAGUAAUGACGAGACAUCAUCAAGCACAAGCACUGCGGACCUUGCCCUCGUACCCAUUGAUCUGCCAAGUUCAGAAUCGCCACCUUCUGUUGCAUGCAAUGCAUUGGUUCCUCUUGAUCCAACUCCUGUCAGUAGCAAUACUCAAACAAAAGAGCAGGAUAUGAUUGACCUUUUAAGCCUCACUUUGUGCAGCCCUACUGAUGAAACUUCUACAGCUUCUUCAGCACAGGGUCAAAACGGCCUUCAGCAGCCUCCACUUACAAAUGGGCAACACAAUCCUACUGGUGUGCCACAGUAUCCUUCAACCAACCAGCCAUACUCGGUAAACCAAGGAUAUACUCCGCAUAAUAGCAACUAUGUUGCACCUUGGGCCCAAACUGGGCCAUAUCCAUCUCAAGUCCAAACUGGACAAUAUCCAUCUCAAGCCCAAACUGGGCCAUAUCCAUCUCAAGCCCAAACUGGGCCAUAUCCAUCUCAAGCCCCAGCAUACACAUCCGGGUAUCCAGUGCCACCUUGGGCUGUGCCUCCAGCUGUCAAUUCUAAUCCUUUCCUGUCAGCUUCUUACCAAGAACAACUCCCUCCGGCAGUCUCUGGUGCCCCAGCAACCACCUAUGCAGCUCCCUCACCUUCAUAUAGCUCUCCUCCAGCCUCUCAGCCAAUGCAACAGUACUGUUUUGUGGAUUCUCCAACAAACAACGGUCUAACGAUGCCUCAAGCUCCAAAUGGGAAUCAACAACUGAAGGAUUCCUCAGCAGCGGCAAGCAAACCUUACUACAUACUCGAUAAUUUAUUCAGUGAUUUGAUUGACUUGAAGAGCUCCAGUGCUGGAAAUAAGACAGGUACUAGUUUGGGUAGCUCAAAUGCUGGCCAGCCUAUGAUUGGUGGAAAGAAAUAAGUUUCUCUUAAUAGUAAAUGGUGAGGAAGGUUAGAUGCUCUUGUGGCUACUUGAUUCAAUGUACAUUUGCUGUAUAUCUCCAUUCUCUCUUUUAUAUGUUUGAUUGCUUUGGUUAAUUUCGUCGGUUCGGUUAAAUAGAGUAAGGUGGAACAUUGUUGAUGUACAUAAAUGAUUAAUGCAUUGAGUGGAUUGUUAUUCGUUGGGUA